UUAUUCUGAAGGAGGAAAUGUAACCGGAAGUGAUCCCGGUUAGCCAACAUGGACCCGGAACUUCGGUUCCGAGUCUGAAAACUUUGCUGUUAGAAUAAAAACCGUGUUUCUGUGAGGCUAAAGUGAAACAGAGUUUAUAACUGCAGGUAUAAAGCUACAGCUAACAUUAGCAUCGGAGCUAACAUUAGCGUCAGAGCUAACUUUAGCAUCAGAGCUAACUUUAGCAUCAGAGCUAACAGAGGAUCAAUGGAAGCGACUCGGAGCUGCUGACCGAACCGAACCGAACCGAACCGAACCGAAGUCCUGUGAAGGAGAGGAUUGACUGAACACCUCCAGGAUGCUCCAGGGCCCGUACAGCAGUCUGGACCGGGACCGGGACCGGCCCCUGAUCCGGCUGCACUUCACCAGCUUGGCUGUGGCCACGGUUCUGCUGCCGGUGACGGGCUUCAUCACCUGCGUCUUCAUCUCCCUGAUCUACCACUUCGAGGACUCCACCUACACCCACUGCCAGGUGCGUAACUACCUGCCCUCCCUCAGCUCAGCCAUCAGCAGGGUACCAGAGCUGUACAUCUGGCGCAGCUGCAUCGGGCUGCACUCAGCACCACGCUACCUGGGGGCUGUGGCCUACUUCAACCUGUACCGCCGACGCUUCACUGCCAGGCUGCCUGAGCUGCUGCUCAGUGGACUGGUUCUGGUCUGCAGCCUGACUGAGAACACCAGCCUGGUGCUGCUCACCUACGUGGCCUCCACCGAGACCUACAGUGAGUCCUGCUGGUCCGGUCCAGUCCGGUCCGGUCCGGUCCCACUGACUGUAACACGGUCUUUUUCAGCGGUUCAUAAAAACGCUUUCAUCACCUUCAUCGUGAGCUCCCUGCUGCACAUGUUGAUGACCUGCAGACUGUGGCACGUCAUCAGGAGGAACUACAUCAGCCCACAGGAGAAGACCUCGUACCUGUGGAAGCUGCGUCUCUUUCUCUUCAACAUCAGCUGCUGUGCUGUCGCAGCGUAUUUUUACAGACGUCACAACAAAUUCUGUGAGACAGGAGUCUACACUGUGUUUGCUGCUUUCGAGUACCUGGUGGUCUUCUCCAACAUGGCCUUCCACAUGACGAUCUUCUGGGACUUUGGGAACAUGGAGGUGAUGGUGUCCACACUACCAGAGGACAAACGGUACUGAGCUCAGACCAGGAGGGACAGAGGGACAUUAMACCUGGAGUAGGACACACUACUGGAAGACAAACGGUCCUGAGGUCUGAUCAGAUGGAGGGACAGAGGGACAUUAAACCCAAAGUGGGACUAAAAGUCCCAGAUUAAUUUUUUAUACGUUUCUGUGAGAACCUGGACCGACAGGACCUGGUCCAGAAACAGUUCUGCUUCAGACACUGAAGCAACAACAAGAGGAAACCAAACUAAAAGGAUAUAAAGGAGCUGAGCUUCAACCUGUGUCUCUGUAGACCUCUGGCUGAUCUAAAGCUGUGUGUUAGUACAGCAGUUUGUAUUGUUUUUAAGUCAACCACACAUAAUAAAUUUAUUAUUAAACA